AUAAGCUUUAUAAAUGCCAACACCAGCUUCACCUCUUCUCUAUUCUUUUCACAUUUUCACUACCUAACUCCCCUCACCAAAUCCAGUCUCCCUCGCCUCUCCCUCUUCUCUCACAAUGACUCUCGGCAGCGUUCCGUUGGCUACUACGGAUCUUAAAAUUGUGGAUGGAGGUAGAAAAAAUUCGACAUUGAUAUGUGCUCCGGUAAUGGCGGAAACAGUUGAUCAGAUGCUGGUUCAGAUGGGAAAGGCAAAAGAACUUGGCGCUGACCUGGUUGAAGUUCGCAUUGAUUAUUUGAAGAAUUUCAGUCCUAGAAGUGAUCUCAGUAUCUUGAUCAAACAAGCUCCUUUGCCUACUCUAAUCACUUACAGACCGAAAUGGGAGGGCGGUGAGUAUGAUGGUGAUGAAAGCAAACGGCAAGAUGCACUCCGUAUGGCCAUAGAAUUGGGAGCAAACUUUGUUGAUGUUGAGCUCAAGGUAGCUCAAGAGUUCUACAAUUCCAUUCGAGGGAAGAAGCCUGAAAAGGUCAAAAUAAUUGUUUCUUCCCACAAUUAUGAAAAUACUCCAACAGUUGAGGAGAUUGGCAAUCUUGUAGCAACAAUACAGGCUACUGGAGCUGACAUAGUGAAGGUUGCAACAACUGCUGUGGAGAUCACGGACAAUGCAAGAAUCUUUCAAGUACUUGUUCACUCUCAAGUCCCGACAAUUGCAAUUGCUAUGGCUGAGAGGGGUUUAAUGUCACGGAUUCUUUCUGCUAAGUAUGGGGGAUUUCUCACUUUUGGUUCAAUAGAGGCAGCACGGGUAUCUGCCCCCGGGCAACCAACUAUUACAGACUUGCUAGAGUUAUACAAUUUCAGACUGAUAGCUGCUGAUACGAAAAUACAUGGAGUUAUUGGAAAACCUAUUGGCCAUAGCAAAAGUCCUCAUCUUUACAACUCUGCUUUUAGGGCUCUUGGAUUUAAUGGAAUAUAUCUACCUUUGUUGGUUGAUAGUGUUGCUAAUUUUAUCAACACUUUCUCAUCCCCUGACUUUGUUGGAUACAGUUACACAAUUCCUCACAAAGAGGAUGGACUAAGGUGUUGUGAUGAGAUUGAUCCCAUUGCCAAGGAAAUCGGAGCCAUUAGUUGCAUGAUCAGAAGACCAACUGAUGGGAAGUUGAUGGGUUACAAUGUUGAUUACCUUGGAGCUAUUGCAGCUAUUGAAGAGGCAUUACAAGCAUCAAAUGGUGCCCCCGCAUCUGGUUCCCCAUUAGCUGGUAAAUUAUUUGUAGUCAUGGGGGCUGGCGGCGCUGGGAAGGCACUUGCAUAUGGUGGAUAUGAGAAGGGAGCAAGAGUUGUAGUUGCCAAUCGUACAUAUGCAAAAGCCAAAGAACUUGCCAGUAAAGUUGGAGGACAGGCUAUAACUCUCGAUGAAUUAAAAGAUUUCCAUCCAGAAGAAGGAAUGAUUCUUGCAAAUACAACAUCAGUAGGAAUGAAACCGAGGAUUGAAGACUCUCCUUUACCAAAGGAAGCUCUCAAGUACUACUCUUUGGUCUUUGACGCCAUUUAUACACCAAAAUGGACGAGACUUCUACAAGAAGCAAAAGACUGUGGAGCUAUUGUUGUUUUCGGAACGGAAAUGUUCAUCAAUCAAGCAUUUGUACAGGUUGAAAGGUUCACUGGGUUACCUGCACCAAAACAACUGAUGAGGGAUGUGCUGGCAAGAAAUACAUAAGUCAGAAUUUUUUUUCUGGUUAAUCUUUGUUUCUACACUGCAGCAAAUUCAUCCUAGGUCCGAAUUUUCGCAAUCAGCUGUUGUAGUAAUAAAUCCCCGUUUUCUCUGUCGAUGGAAACAUUGUGAGCCUGAAUCUUGAAGCUUAUCAAGCUUAUGUUCGGGUGAUAGUUCAAUACCGUGAUAAUUUUUAUGUAGUUUUCCCAUAUUCUGGAAUGAAGUUCUUGUUGUUUUAA